UUAUUCGCAACUUUUCUGCAUAUCAAGCGAUUGAAGGGAGCGAAUAAGCUUUCCGCGGAGAAAACCUUUUGCCUGCAUUCCCUCAAAGUUACACCGAAAAAAACUAAUGGGAUAGAGGGAGAAAAUGAGGGCGUUGGCAGAGAUAUGUGAAUUUCACUUAAGUUAUGUUAGCUUGGGGUGGAAAGCAUUGUGGUUUCCUAAUGUAGUUUCUUAUUGCCGAAGUUUUUUUUUAGAUUGACCAUUCUCAUUGCUGUUCCUCAAUACAUCAAUCUUACAGGCGACUAAGGCUCACUGAAAGAGGACAGAUUUUCUAUGAGCAAAAGGAUACAUGCAGAACGGAGAGCGAUGCAUGACAUGUGCAAGUAAACAGUUACACAACAUUCACUUCGCAUUAACGAAACGUGACUCUCGCCUCCCAGCGAAAUUGUGUGUUUCAUCAAUGUAAACUUCAUUGUGUCAUAGAGCAUAUUGAGGAACCAACUGACUGGUUAUCACCAAUUUUUGUUGUUCCUAAACCAAAUGAAGACAUUCGAAUGAGUCUAGAUUUGACAAAGUUGAAUCAAGCUAUUAAAAGAGAGCUGCAUCAAAUGUCAACCAUGGAAAGCACGCUUGAAUUACAGAGGUAAGCGCAGUGUACUUACUCUGGAUUCCAUCAAGUACUCCCAGAUCCAGACAGCCGAAGGCUGACAACACUAAUCACCCCCUUUUGUUGAUUUAUUUUCAAUCGGUUACCAGAAGGAAGCGGAUGAUGCAAGUAUAGAGGGGCCUGCCUGGAUGAUGUCAAAUUCCUCUUCGAUGACAUCCUUGUAGUGGGCCAUACAAAAGUAGAAUAUAACGAGAGGUUACGCGCUGUUCUGGAUCGCCUCAUGCAAUAAGGGAUAACCCGGAACCUAGUGUACUGUCUGGUCUCAGUUUCCAGGCUUAAGUUCCUAAGGAGGAUUUUUGAUGGACAAGGGUUACACAAAGAACCUUCCAAAUUUCAGGCUACCGUCAACUUUCCAGAACCACACGCCAGAGAUUUCAACGCCGAUCUGUUGAAACCAGACAAGCCUUCCAAUGACGGUAGAUAUCUUUUAGACCUGAUGGAAAUCUUUGGUUUUGAUUGCUUGAUUACAAAAGCUACACGAAAGACGAAAACAUCAGAGACACUUCUCGAUUUAAUUUUGACCAGUAACAUGAAAAAGGCAUUGGUAUCUGAUGCAGUGGACAAGCAGAUAAGCGAUCAUUCACUAGUCUUCACAAUUCUACGGUCAAGAGCUCCAAGAUCGCGCUCU